UUCCUCUAUUCCUUACACCCCUUGUUCUCCAAACUCCAACAUAAACUUUUCUUCAAAAAUAAUUAUAAAUAAUGGCCCGAAAAGAAAAGAGUGGCGCGUGUAGCGCGUUGGGUGUGAAAAUGAAUGGAAUUUCAAAAGAGGUGCAUUAUAGAGGCGUAAGGAAGCGGCCAUGGGGUAGAUACGCGGCGGAAAUUAGAGAUCCGGGUAAAAAAAGUCGGGUUUGGUUAGGCACAUUUGACACCGCGGAGGAAGCCGCGAAAGCCUAUGACGCCGCGGCGCGUGAGUUCCGCGGCGCUAAGGCGAAAACCAAUUUUCCUCAAUUGGGAGAGGAGGAGGAGAAUCUCAAAGUCAUCAAUAAUAAUAAUAAUAAUAAUAAGAUUAACAAUAAUGAGAUAAAUCGGAGUAGUCCGAGUCAGAGUAGUACCGUUGAAUCGUCUAGCCGGGACGUUGAUUCAUCGCCGUUAGAUCUCACGCAUAACGCCGUUAGAUUUCAGUAUCAAAACAAUCUGUUCCGAUCUACUACGAUCUCCGGCGGGUUUCAAGGAGGCGCUCCGGCGAUGAAUCAUAUGUACUAUCUGGAGGCUUUAGCACGCGCCGGAGUGAUAAAUCUAGAAAGGAAAACGGUCGAUUUCCUGCGCGGCGCGUGUGGAGGCGCGUGUGAAUCUGACUCAUCAUCGGUGAUUGAUUUUAUGCAAGUUAAAUCAACUACUACAGGUCUAGAUCUGGACCUUAAUUUUCCACCACCGGAGAAUAUGUGAAAUCAACGGUGAUGAUGAUCGGAGAUAUUUUGUUUGACAUUUCUGUUUCUUUUUUAAUUUAAAUUAGUGCAAUUUCCUUUUUUAAUGUUUUUAUUUAACAGAAAAGGAAAAAGGAAAAAAAAAGAGAGUAUAUAGAGUUAGGUGAUAUGUUAAUAUCUAGAAGGUUGAUCUAGUUAUCUUUUUUGCAACAGAAAAAAAUCUUAUUGAUUUUGCAAAGCUGUUGUUUCAAUGAUCAUCCUAUUAUAUUUACGUUGAUGGCGGGUUUUUUAGCUGAAAAAAGCAGCAUAAAUAUUACAAUGAAUUUAGACAAAUUUUUAUC